GACCUUCUGACUCACCGCUCUUUAAAAGUAACACUCUCUUUUCCUUUGAGCUACAGACACACAUGAGAGAGCUACAAAUAAUCACACAUUGUACUCUGGCCUGCUGUCAGUCUGCCAUGAUUGUAAUUUCAGUUCCUACAAAGUGACGAGAGACGGACUGGAGAUGGAUGUUUGUGGGGUUUCCAGGUUUAGUCACUCUGAAUUAUGUCUUGACAUGCAGACUAUGUCAAAACAAAACCCCACAACAUUCUGAAUGUAAGCACCCUGACACGAUGUCUUGUCUUGAAGAAACUUGGCAGAUUUAUUACAAAGCAUGCAUUUCUGAUGGCUUAAUCACAACUAAUGUCAAUCUGCCAUAUAAAACAACAAGCUAUACACAGUCAUUGGCACACAUGAGACACAAGUUGUGUAAGUCUUAUAUCUUGAAGUCCUGAGGGAAGUUGACUAUGGAUGGAUUACAGAAAAUGUAACUCAAAAGGACUUCUGUAUUGACUCAAAAUGACAACAUACAAACAUAAAAGACUACGCAAAGAAUUACAGAGCAGUGGUGGAAGAAGUACUCAGAUUCUUUACCUAAGUACAAGUACGAAUAUUAGGGUCUUAAAACACUCCUCAAGAAAAGUCCUGAAUUGAAAAUGUUACUCAAGUAGAAGUACAUUAAUACUUUGAGCGAUAUGUACUUCAAGUAACAAAAGUAAAAGUAUUCAGUAUGCAUAAUGUGUACUAAUACAUGUAGGAGUAUUGAACAAUGUUGUUUUUCAAUGUGGCACCAAGUUACGAUUUGUUUUUAUAAAAUACUAGGUACAUUUGCAGUACUGCAUCUCAUUAUAUAUCAUGUGUUUUUAGAUGUAAAAAGUUACUAUGAGUGUUUAAUACAUUUGGUGGAGUAGAAAGUACAAUAUUUGCCUCCAAAAUGUAGUGGAGUAUAAGUAAAUGUAGCAUAAAAUACACUUAAGUAAAGUACACGUUUGUCAAAAUUAAGUGCAGUGCUUGAGUAUACUUAGUUACUUACACCACUGAGUACAAGUACGGUACAUUUUUUUUAAAACUGGAGUAAAUGUAGAUAGAUAGAUAGAUAGAUAGACUGUAUGUACCUAAUUACUUCCCACCACUGUGUAACUGAGUAUUUUACAGUGUAGUAAAGUAAAUAAUCUGAGUACUUCCUCCACCUCUGAGUCUAAUAAUAGACGGAGUUUUGCAGUAAUAUCUGUUUACUGCAUCACCACAGCCUGUAGUCUGGUAAUAUGUAAAGCUCCACCCCAAAUGAGGUUGCAAUCAUCCCCCCUCCUUCCCUCCCUUUCUCUUUCCCUCUCUGACUCUCUUUUCUCUAACAUUUCACCAUGCACUCUGGACCAGAACACCGGACCUGUUGGAGCUGAAGGGAUUACUACAGAACUUUAUGAAUACUCCAGUUCUGCACGGAUGAUGCGUUUUGCGCUUCAGCUACUCAAUGAAAGAAGAGACGCGCAACAGAAGAGAUGGGCACCGUUCCUGGACUUUCUCCUCCCCGCUCCUGGGGAAAAAGUGGUCAUAACGCAGUGUUACUUUUACCUGUAGUGGCGAUUCUUCUGCAGCUUUGCGCCGCUUUUAACUUGGACACGGAGAAACGCGUCGUUUUCACCGGACCACCGGGGAGCUACUUCGGAUAUUCAGUGGAGUUCUUGAGCAACUCAUCCAGCUUCAGUGUUUUGAUCGGAGCUCCGAAAGCCAACACCAGCCAGCCGGACAUCACUGAAGGAGGAGGCGUGUUCUCGUGCCCCUGGAGACACGAUAACUGCAGCAUGAUCCACUUCGACAAGCAAGGCGAUCGAUAUUUUUACAUAAACAACGUGAACACUCAGGUGGAGUUCAAGUCCCAUCAGUGGUUCGGAGCUACAGUGCGUUCCCAUGGCAACAGCAUCCUGGCUUGUGCUCCCCGGUACUACUGGAGAACCGAACAUGACGAACCCUUCGCUGAUGUCACAGGAACCUGCUACCUCUCUGUGGACAGUCUGAAAACUUUUGUUGAGUACGCACCGUGCCGAACAGAAAGACAUGGACCUGUUGGACAGGGCUUUUGUCAAGGUGGAUUCAGUGCAGACUUCACCAAGGACGGGAGGGUUGUGCUCGGAGGACCAGGCAGUUUUUACUGGCAAGGCCAGCUGAUCUCAGCCACCACAGAGGAGAUUGUGAAGGCCUACUACCCUUCAUACUUUCUACUGUCUGUUGCCGGACAGAUUCAGACCAGACAGGCGCAGGGGAACUACGACGACAGUUAUCUGGGUUACUCUGUGGCUGGUGGCGAGUUCAGUGGGGAUGAUGAGGAAGAUUUCAUCACAGGAGUUCCUAAAGGACUCAUGCUCUAUGGUGUAGUGUCCAUAUUGAAUGCAAAGGACCUGAAGUCUCUGCUCAACUUGACAGGAGAGCAGAUGGGGUCUUACUUCGGAUACGCAGUGGCAGCGACCGACAUCAACAACGACGGUUUGGAUGACCUGAUAGUGGGCGCUCCGAUGUUCAUGCGUCGAGGGUCCGAUGGUCGUCUGGAGGAGCUGGGAAAGGUGUAUGUUUACCUGCAGAGAGGCCCUCUGAUGCUGGAGCCGAGCCAUCUGAUUGGUCAACAGGCUUUCAGCCGCUUCGGCACCUCGCUGGCUCCGCUCGGUGAUCUCAACCAGGACGGAUUCAACGACAUGGCCAUCGGCUGUCCCUAUGGAGGGGACGACCAGCAGGGAUUGGUUCUCAUUUAUAAUGGCUUUGCUGAAGGACUGAUAGACACGCCCACUCAGACUCUCUCCGGCCAAUGGGCUUCCAGCUCUUUCCCAGCAAGUUUUGGUUUUUCCCUGCGAGGCAACAGCGACCUCGAUCAAAACGGCUAUCCAGAUCUGAUAGUUGGUGCUUUUGGGGCUGAUAAAGCAGUCUUAUACAGAGCUCGACCGAUAGUGAGCGCCAGUGCUUCUCUCACGGUGCAGCCGACCAUGUUUAACCACGAGGAGAAGACUUGUGAGCUGAUCACAGGGACUGAAACCACCACCGUGUCAUGUGUCAGCAUCGGUUUCUGCCUGCUGGCUAAUGGGAAGCACCUCCCCUCUCAUCUAGGCUUUGUGGUGGAGGUCCAGCUGGACAGCGUGAAGCUGAGCCAGAAGGAGUCCAUCAGGAGGACUUUGUUCCUGGACAGCCAGCAGCCCUUUCUGCUGAAGACCCUCAGCCUGGAGAACGGAGAACGCUCGUGCCACGAGACCAAGAUCUAUCUGAGGGGGGAAGAGGAGUUUCGGGAUAAACUCUCUCCCAUUUUCAUCAGCCUGAACUUCAGUCUGGAUCCCGAGGCCCCGGAGGACCAGCAUGGCCUCCGACCAAUCCUGAAUUAUGAGACGGAGCAGCGAAUAGAGCAGAAGGCCCAGAUUCAACUGGAUUGUGGAGACGACAACAUCUGCGUCCCUGACCUCAAGCUGGCUGUUUAUGGUGACAGAGCUGAGGUCUACCUGGGCGAUGAAAACUCCUUGAGUCUGACGUUCAAUGCCAGGAACGAAGGAGAGGGAGGGGCGUACGAGGCCGAGCUCUACGUGGUUCUUCCUCCAGAGGCCGACUACAGCGGGAUCGCACGCAACAACGUGAGCUUGACUCAGCUGACGUGCAGCUAUGAGGCAGAAAACCAGACUCGCUACCUGGUGUGUGACCUGGGAAACCCCAUGAAGUCUGGAACCAGCUUAUGGGCCGGCCUUCGGUUCACUGUACCCAGACUGAAGGACACUCACAAUACUGUUCAGUUUGAACUCCAAAUACGAAGUAAAAAUGUGAAUAACUCAGAGAGCGAGGUGGUGCAGUUUGAGCUGGAAGUGGCUGCCAAGGCUGACGUCAUUCUGCAAGGUGUUUCCCGCCCAGACAAAGUGAUCUUCCCUCCUCCAAACUGGAAGGUGAGUCAGAGCCUGAGGGACGAGCAGGACGUGGGCCCAGAGCUGCAGCAGGUCUACGAGUUGGUGAAUAACGGUCCCAGUGUGGUCAGCCUCUCAUCAUUAGAGGUGCGUUGUCCUCUGAGGGCCCACGGACACGAGCUUCUCUACCCUGUGGAGUUCCUCACCGAGGGGCCGCUCAGCUGCUCCUCCAAACACACCUUCAACGCUCUGAAACUCAAGCUCCAGCCUGCAGCCGCUCAGCCCACGUCACUGAAAACCAGCCCUGAGCAUCACAUCCAGAGGAGGGAGGUGUUCAGAGAUCUGCUCGCUGAACAAGGAAACCUGAGCUGCUCUUCAGUGGAGUGCUGGCAGAUUCAGUGUGAUGUUGGGACGCUGGAGAGAGGAGCCAGCGUCAUCCUGACUCUACGAUCCAGACUUUGGGCCGAAACCUUCAUCGAGAGGGUCUAUAAGCAGUUUGUCCUGGAGUGCUCUGUUCACUACAAGGUGGACAAGAUGCCUUAUUCUAUUCCUCCCAAAUUCAAGCCAUCAGGAUCCAAAAAGGUGGUGAUGGCUGUGAUGUGGAACAAACCGGACACACCUUUCCCUGUUCCUGUGUGGAUCAUCAUCCUGGCUAUCCUGGCUGGGCUGCUGUUACUCGCCCUGCUCAUAUAUCUACUAUACAAGAUGGGCUUCUUUAAGAGGUCCGAUCCGUACGGUACCACCAUGGAAAAGGCCCAGCUCAAACCCCAGGCCUCGUCUGAAGCUUAGAUCCAAAGAAGGAGCCUCCCUGCUCCACACAACUGGAACCACCGUCACAUUCCUGAAACAAACAGGGAAACAUGCAGGAGAUGAGCAGGAGAACCCAUUCAAGAAGGGACUGUUAUGGGUCACUGGACAUGCACUAAAAAGCCACAGCAGGAAAGACUACAAAGGUCAUGAGGUUGAAACGCACUGCUGUUUGGGACGUGUUGAAUCAGAGCACGGUUUAUCAAGCCUCUGCAGCAACAAGGACAGAAACGUCUCCCUGUGGAAAAACGAUUUAAAUGGAAAAUACUCAGCGUGUGUUCCAGGAAACGAUUAUCAAUACAGGAAGAAAUGCAGCUCCAACAAAAAGCACUAACUCUACAGUAUGUCCUCAUCCCUGUUUAAAGCCAUGUCUGCAAUCCCAGUGUUGGAAACUUCCAGAAACGUCUGCCUUUGUAUGGUUUAUACACCACUCUUUAUUUAUGGCACAGUGCUGUUCCCAUUGGUCGUUGAAUGUUGUUCUGUACUGUCUGCACGACAAUCCUGAUCAAACUGCAAUGUUUAACUUGAAUUAUUCCUCUCCCAUAUUGGGAGGUGUGUAUUGUUAUAAUGUUCGUAAUGUAUUCAUUGUGUUAUGACCCGUUGGUGUUGUGGCCCAGAAUAAAGCCUCUUUUUGUGUA